AUGGCAGCUCCGCAGGGAAACUACCCGCCUCCAGGUCAAGAGGGCUACGGCGCUCCUGGAGCACCCAAUGCGCCUCCACAUGAUAGCGCGCCUGCUCCUACACACUCCCAUGGCCGAAAGAAACGUGCAUACGCCAACCAAGCAUUCGACUUCGGUGUUGGUGCCAAUGCUGCCCUGAACCAGCCGGGAGUGGGAACUGAAGGGUAUGGAUAUCCAGGCAUUCAACAGCCACAGGGUUAUCCCCAGGGAACGUAUCCUAUCCAACAACAAGCUCCGGUGCCGGCUGCACAAUAUCCUGGCCCAGAUGCGGGCUACCAGGCACCUGCUCCCUCAUAUCCGCCUCAGCCGGGCCCUGGUAUGGCACAGAUAACGCAGCAGAUGGGACAAAUGAGCAUGGGAGACCAGCAACAGCCGCAACCUGGAAUGCAGCGGCAGAUGCAGCUCAAUCAGCUUUACCCAACCGACCUACUCACACAUCCAUUCAAUGUUGCCGAACUCGACUACCCUCCACCUCCAAUUGUUCUACCCCCAAACACAAGCGUGACACCUUCUGUGUACGCAAACUGUCCCGCAAAAUACGUUCGAUCUACUCUCAAUGCUGUACCAACGACCAACUCUCUCCUGAAGAAAUCACGUCUGCCUUUCGCCCUUGUUGUUCAGCCAUACGCCUCUCUUCACGACUCCGAGGAUGAAAUUCCAGUUGUGUCGGAUCAGGUCAUCUCUCGAUGUCGGCGUUGUCGUUCAUAUAUCAACCCUUUCGUUACCUUCCUCGACCAUGGCCACCGUUGGAGAUGUAACAUGUGCAGCUUAACGAAUGACGUACCACAGGCGUUUGAUUGGGAUGCUGCAGCACAAAAGGCACUGGACCGAUGGCAGCGACCAGACCUCAACCACUCUGUUGUAGAAUUCGUUGCUCCACAGGAAUACAUGGUCCGACCACCACAACCACUUGUCUAUCUCUUCCUAAUUGAUGUCAGUUAUGCAUCAGUUACCAGUGGAUUGCUGGCUACCGCCGCACGCUGCAUUCGGGAAAGCCUCGACCGGAUACCAAAUGCCGAUCGCAGAACCAGAGUCGGUUUUAUUGCAGUUGAUUCUAGUCUCCAUUACUUCACCAUACCCCGCGAUGGAUCGGAGAGCUCUGAGCCUAAUAUGUUAGUUGUUAGCGACUUGGAUGAACCUUUCAUGCCCAUUCCCGGCGAUCUUUUGAUAACUUUGGCUGAAUCCCGCGAAAACAUCGAGAGCUUCCUAGACAAACUACAAGAGAUGUUCCAGAAUACCCAAAACCCUGGAUCUGCUAUGGGAUCUGCGCUUAGAGCGGGCCACCAGCUCAUCGGACCUGUCGGUGGCAAGCUUACCGUUUUGACUGCCUCAUUACCGAACAUGGGAUUUGGCAGCUUGGAGAUGAGAGAAGAUAAGAAGGUCCUUGGCACGAGUAAGGAAAGCAGCUUGCUGCAAACUGGUAACAGCUUUUACAAGAGCUUUGCUGUCGAAUGCUCCAAACAGCAGAUAUCCGUGGAUAUGUUCUUGUUCUCCUCCCAAUACCAAGACGUGGCCUCUCUCAGCAACCUGCCCAGAUACACUGGCGGUCAGACAUACUUUUACCCUGGCUGGAAUGCCGCCAGGAGCGAAGAUGCCAUCAAAUUUGCCAAGGAGUUCUCUGACUACCUGUCAUCUGAAAUUGGCCUCGAGGCUGUCCUUCGUGUCCGUGCUACCACUGGCUUACGGAUGAACACAUUUUACGGCAAUUUCUUUAACAGAAGUUCGGAUCUCUGUGCUUUUCCUGCUUUCCCCCGUGAUCAGGCCUAUGUCAUAGAGGUUGCCAUUGAUGAAACCGUCACCAAACCCGUCGUAUGUCUGCAGACUGCCGUCUUGCACACCACUUGCAAUGGUGAACGAAGAAUCAGGGUCCUAACUUUGGCUCUGCCAACUACUCAGAAUCUGGCUGAUGUAUACGCUUCCGCUGAUCAGUGUGCUAUUGCUACUUUCUUCAGUCAUAAGGCUGUUGAGCGUACUCUCGGAGGUGGCCUUGACGCAGCCAGGGAUGCCCUACAGGCUAAGAUCAUAGAGCUACUCUCUACGUAUAGAAAGGAGCUGGCUGGUGGCAGUGUGGGCGGUGGUGGUCUGCAGUUCCCUGCUAACCUACGUGGACUACCAAUCUUAUUUUUGGCAAUGAUGAAGAACCUUGGUCUCCGAAAAUCCGCUCAAAUACCUACCGACAUGCGAUCUGCUGCUCUCUGCCUCCUCUCUACUCUACCGCUUCCUCUCCUCAUCCAGUACAUUUACCCCAAGAUGUACUCUCUCCACGACAUGCCCGAUGACGCCGGCAUCCCUCACCCAGAAACAGGAAAAAUCGUGCUCCCGCCUUUAACUAACCUUUCAUCCGAACGUCUUGUGCCGCAUGGCAUGUAUCUGAUUGACGACGGCCAGACUCAGUUCCUAUGGAUCGGUCGCGAUGCCGUACCACAGCUUAUCAACGAUGUAUUCGGGCUCAGUGACAAGUCUCUUCUCCGAGUAGGCAAACAGGUCCUGCCGGAGACUGAGAAUGACUUCAACGAGCGUGUCAGGGCAGUCAUCAGCAAGAGCCGAGACAAGUUGUCGCGAGGUGUAGGAAGCAUUAUCUCACCCCAUCUCUACGUAGUGAAAGAAGACGGCGAGCCCGGACUAAGACUAUGGGCACAGUCUAUGAUGGUAGAGGACCGCGCAGACCAGAGCGUCAGUCUGCAGCAGUGGAUGGGCUUGUUGCGAGAGAAGGUCAUUCAGUAA